CUUAGACAGCGACCAGUGCAGACGUAUGGUAUUCUCGCCGUAUUUUAUUGCUUAGAUCGUUUCAAGGAUGUCCGGAAUCAAGGAGAACUUGGAUUGUGACGAGUGUAACUAUCCCAACCACGGGAGUAACGGCACCAGGACGCGCGUGCACUCCACUAUGGAUGAGGACGAGGAACUUCUGAGAUACAUCUGGACAGAAUAUUUACACCCUAAGGAGUACGAGUGGGUUCUAAUAGUGGCUUACAUAGUUGUUUUCUUUGUCUCACUGAUCGGAAACUCGCUUGUUUGUUUUGCAGUGUGGAAAAAUCGUCACAUGCGGACAGUGACCAACUACUUCAUAGUAAACCUCUCCCUGGCUGAUGUUCUGGUCACCAUCAUAUGUCUGCCCGCGAGUCUUGUGGUUGACAUCACAGAGACCUGGUUUUUUGGAGAGACUCUUUGCAAAAUCGUCCCCUAUCUUCAGACCAUCUCUGUAUCUGUAUCAGUUUUGACUCUAAGCUGUAUUGCUCAAGACCGUUGGUAUGCUAUCUGUCACCCGCUCAUGUUUAAGAGCACGGCCAAGAGGGCGCGCAAAAGUAUUAUUGCCAUCUGGGUGGUAUCGUGCAUAAUCAUGAUACCUCAGGCCAUUGUGAUGGAGUGCAGCAGUCUGCUGCCUGAGCUCACAAACAAGACCAGCCUGUUCACAGUGUGUGAUGAACACUGGGGAGCUGAGAUAUACCCAAAAGUCUACCACACUGGCUUCUUCAUCGUCACAUAUUUUGCUCCAUUAUGCCUGAUGGUCCUUGCUUAUAUUCAGAUUUUUCACAAGUUGUGGUGCCAGCAGAUUCCUGGAAACACAUCAGUGGUACAGAGAAACUGGAGAACAUUUAGAUGCUCGACUCCGGGUUCAGGAUCUGAAGAAUCUGCAAGGGUGAGGACAAGCACAGUUUCCGCUGAGAUCAAACAAAUCAGAGCCAGACGCAAAACAGCUCGCAUGCUGAUGGUAGUGCUCUUUGUGUUUGCUCUCUGCUACUUACCGAUCAGCGUCCUCAAUAUCAUGAAAAGGGUUUUUGGGACCUUUAAGAACACAAGUGACAGAGAAACAAUAUAUGCAUGGUUUACUUUUUCACACUGGUUAAUAUACGCCAACAGUGCAGCAAAUCCCAUCAUCUACAAUUUUCUGAGUGGGAAGUUCCGUGAGGAGUUUAAAUCUGCAUUUUCUUGCACUUGUUGUGGGCAACAGCAGGACGACAAUAUGAGGAUAAGGACCAGAGCAAAUAGAGAUAGCCGAAAAUCCAUGUCAACUCAAGUUAAUGUGGACAACUUGUCACGGUUAUCGGAUCAGAUUGUGUAGUCCUCUACGGUCAGAGAACUUUUAUCCCAUCCCUGCAAGGAAACGGGGUUCAUUAACACUCACCAUAUGGAAUGUGCAAACUUGUAUUUUUUUUCUAAAGGACUUGCUGCUACAAAAGAUGAGAUUUUGCACACACAAAAAAAAAAAAAUCAGAUGUUAUGAACCUUCUCAAAGUUUGUGAUAAAAUCAUUUUCCUUGAAAAAAAAUCUAUCUGCCAUAAAUCAUACAGAAGUCAUUCAAUGUUUAUGUAUUUUAGUAUAAAAAGAAGAGUUCUCUUCUCUUUGUGUGUUAAAACCAUUUUCGCUGUACAGAUAUAUAUUUGUUUACAGCAAUUAAUGUAUUUAUCUGUUUCUACAGUGGUGGAGAAGUUGCUUCUGAAAAGUAUAAGUCUCUUGUUGCUCAGGGAAUCUUUAUGAAUUUUACCCGUAAAACCAUUUAUAAGUAGUAAGAUCAAAAUGAAUUUGAGAAAUGGUGUCAGGGUAAAAGAUCAGCAGUAUAAGUGGGAGUGAAAAAUUUAACUUCCACAUGCUAUGUGUUUACUAAUACCACUAAAGUGCGCCUUUUAAACUGCUCUAAACUAUAUUAUGGAAAAUCUAAUUUCAAUGAUUUAAGUUAUGUUGGUGGAGUUUUACUGACAUAAUGAGUGACCAUACGAAAGUGACCUGCAGAUAGUACAUUUUUUGCUGCUAAACAAAGAAACAUUUUUUCAAAUGAAUAAGAGAAUACAAGACAGAAAUACUUUGUUGCAUGAGUAUUUAAUUUUAAGUAUUUACACCCAUUGAACUUUUACACUUGAUCCCUUUGAUACCACAAAGCUCAAUUUAUUUUAUUGGAAAUUUAAGUUUUAGACAAACUCACAGUACAAUUAAACAUUGUAAGUUGUGACAUGCAGCUGUUUUCUGCCCCCAUGAUCUUUUUACUCUUGAAUAACAUCCAGUACAACUAAUUUCCUUAAAGAGACAGCGAGUAUAAUUUACCUCCAUCUCGUGGUGCCCUAAUUAAUUACAAAUGAUAAGCUUCUGCCUCCCCAUAAAGCAUAUUAGACUAACUAUGGACAUUGUACUCUAUCUGAAUUGAUGUAACACAUCAAUCUUCAUCAUAAAUUAUGAAACACGUGGAAAAUUUCAAUAAAAAACAAGAAUGAAAAAAGCAAACACUCUUUAGCUGGUAUGACUUAUGUGAAAAAUAGCAACUGAUAACUGUAGCAUCUGAGCUCAUUCAGUGCACCAAAACAAUUAAACGAGCCGUCUCCACUGGGUGCAUAGACUUGCUGCAGGACUGCCCUGUCCUUUUUUUUUUUUUUUUUUUUACAUAAUUUUAGAAAAAAUGUCUCUGUUAUAUUACAUUACCUUACCCAUCCAGUCUGCAACCUCUGCAUCCAUUUUAAUUUCCCACUCAAUCUUAAAUUGUCUCCAGCCUGGAAAAACUGCUCUAAUUUAGACUUGUUUACCUUUCUUAUUAUUUGCUGAAAAAAGAGAACGGGUAAUCGUCCACUGCAACAGAAAGUGGAAGGUAGAAUGAUCUAUGGUUGUUUUUGCUUGAUUUAAACUCAUCAAUGAUAUGUUUUCAGAUACAGGUCAAACCUGUAAUGCUGACGAAUUAUUCCCCUUUUACGGCUACCCUGAUCAGAAUUAGCAACACCACAUCAAAUCUCCCACACGCCCUAUGUGUUUAUGAACUAGUCAUUCUGUAAUGAGACCAAUUUCAUUUUUGUGGCUGCUAUUAAACUUUUGUAUCAAUCUAUGUUCUCCCGCUUAUUCCGUCAGGGUUGCUGUGGGGUCGGUGUCAUUUUUGCAGAAUAUGUAUUUAUUAAAUAAAUACCUGAUUUUUGCAAUUGAAAAAUAAAAAUGUUACACACUGUCCCUUUAAAAAUCACUUUAUUCUAUGUCGUGUCUACAUGUGUCCAAUUUAUUCUCGCUUAAAUAAGGGGAUAUCUGUAAAGUCAUCACAAGCAUUAUCAAUACAAAGGCCCUCAGAAAACAAGUUAUCGAUACUGCAUGAAUGUGUAAAUGCUUAAUGCAAGAUUAGGUUUGAAAGCCAUUACUAAAGGAAAAAAUCCUUCGCCUGUCAUCUACAACCAGUCAACUGAAGUGUUUUGGUCAGGCUUUCAUUUUUAGGCAUACAUGUAAAAUAUGAUAGCAAACUAAUAUUGGAAAUAAUCAUGAAAACACCAUUCCAUCUUCCAAUCAUUCCAACUCAAAAUACUGCAGUUGAGCUUGGAAGGGUCGGUUUCCAAAUGAUAGGUAAGGAAAUAGUUUUUUUUUUUUUAAAGAACUGAAGCAAAAACGAGGAAUAAAAACAUAGAGAAAAUCUGAGUAAACAUUAAAUCUAGGUUGAAACAAAAAGAAAGCCUUGAGGAAAACUGCUAAUUGUCAAAAGGAUCUGAAAAGGCCGGAGAGUAUGGCAGUAAGUAAAAUCCUAGAUUUCAAAAAUAAUAAUAGACAUUCCACAGACUGGGUAUAGCAUUGUGUUUUAAGGACAACAAUUCUACCACCUACUUGAAACCUGUCUUUGUAUAAUUACCAGGCAUAAGAAGAUAUUUGUCUGGAAAUAAUAAGUUUAAAAAAAUAAAAAUAAAAAACUGAUGAAUGAUGUAUUCAAAUACAACUUGUUUAACAAAAACUUGACAAAAUAAUUUAAGAAAACAACCUGAAUAGAAAUUAAAUCAAGUAUUGCAUAAUCAACGUUGUUUUGUAAAGCAAUCACUGCAUCUGUGAAACAAAAAAGUAAAAAAAUGGGAAAUUAAUUUCUCUACAAUAGGGAAUUAUACUGAAAGAAAAACCAAAUCAAGUCAUGUAAUCAAAGAAAACAAAGAGGAAAAUUAGCUUCUUCAGAGGUCUUGCAUGAUUUCUGUUUAUUGAAAGGUGUUUCCCAUCAGCGUAUUAAAGCCUUUGAGGUUUUCUUUGAUAAAAAUCAACUGUGAAGAUGAUUGAAAUUUUAUUAGCUUUUUAUAUAUGUAUAUUUAUUGUGGUUUUUGAUUUUGCAAUGUUAAAGCUGUGAAUUUUUUAUUUUUUUUAUGAAGAUUUUAAUGAUCGUGUUGAAAACUGUCUGGAUUUUCAUCACUGUUUUAAAUUUUGACAUUAAUGUGAGGUGUUUUAAUAUUUUAGCUUGAUUUCUUUAAGUCACAACUUUCCUGCCUCAUUCCUGCAAGUGCAGUUUUGUAAUAAAUCUAAAAAGUUGUGUUGUGUUUUUCAUUUUCUCCUAUUGUGUGUGAUUUAUACAGCGCUGAAGUGAUUGUUAAUUUGCUUUAUGACUUUUUAUCUAUUUUUCAUGGAAGUCUAACAUUGUGAGGAUCUUAAAUGUAAUGUGCUUGGACAAUAAAAAAUUUUUCAGUGUGUAAUAUUCCUGUCAAAUCAGUUUAGGGUUGACUCUCAUUU